AGGCAAGGUUCCACACCAUUCCAGACUCUAGUGCGAGAGCAGAGCACAAAAGCUGCUCCCAAUUCCCAAACCCUCCGCACACUGAAUCGCCCAAAAACCUAGACCUCUCCGCCCCCGGCCAUGCUCCUCCGCGCCGUGCGCCGCCGAGGCAUCGCCUCGCCGCUCGCCACCGCCACCCUGACUGCCAACGUCCAAUCAACAUGUGCUGCUGCAAAUGUGUGCUCCAGAUGGGCUACUUUUGCAAGAACUUUCAGCGCAAAGCCAACUGGAAAUGAGGUUAUUGGAAUUGAUUUGGGAACGACCAAUUCAUGUGUCGCUGUUAUGGAGGGAAAGAAUGCAAAGGUGAUUGAGAAUUCGGAAGGCGCCAGGACUACACCGUCAGUUGUUGCCUUUUCUCAGAAAGGAGAGCUACUCGUGGGCACUCCAGCCAAGCGUCAAGCAGUGACCAACCCACAGAACACCUUCUUUGGCACAAAGCGUAUGAUUGGGCGGCGCUUCGAUGACCCACAGACACAGAAGGAGAUGAACAUGGUACCAUAUAAGAUUGUGAAGGCUCCCAACGGAGACGCUUGGGUUGAGACCACAGAUGGCAAGCAGUACUCGCCCAGCCAGAUUGGUGGGUUUGUGCUGACCAAGAUGAAGGAGACAGCUGAGUCUUACCUUGGCAAGUCUAUUUGCAAGGCUGUAAUUACUGUUCCAGCUUACUUCAAUGAUGCUCAGAGGCAAGCCACCAAGGAUGCUGGCCGUAUUGCUGGACUUGAUGUCCAAAGGAUCAUCAAUGAACCAACUGCUGCUGCUCUGUCGUACGGAACAAACAACAAGGAGGGCCUGAUUGCUGUAUUUGACCUUGGAGGAGGAACCUUUGAUGUCUCCAUUCUGGAGAUCUCCAAUGGAGUGUUUGAGGUGAAAGCAACAAACGGCGACACUUUCCUGGGUGGUGAAGACUUUGACAAUACUCUGCUGGAGUUCUUGGUGAGGGAGUACAAAAUCACUGAAAAUAUUGAUCUGUCAAAGGAUAGAUUGGCCCUGCAGAGACUGCGUGAAGCAGCUGAGAAGGCAAAAAUUGAACUCUCCUCAACUACCCAGACUGAAAUCAAUCUUCCGUUCAUCACUGCUGAUAACAGUGGAGCAAAACAUCUGAACAUCACACUGACAAGAUCAAAAUUUGAGUCUCUGGUGAAUAGUCUGAUUGAGAGGACCAGAGAGCCAUGCAAGAGCUGCUUGAAGGAUGCCGGCAUAACCACCAAGGAUGUUGAUGAGGUCCUUCUUGUCGGUGGAAUGACAAGGGUUCCAAAAGUGCAGGAUAUAGUUUCUGAAAUCUUUGGCAAGGCCCCCAGCAAAGGAGUCAACCCAGAUGAAGCUGUCGCCAUGGGGGCUGCUAUUCAGGGUGGCAUUCUCCGUGGAGAUGUGAAGGAGCUUCUUCUCCUUGAUGUUACCCCUCUGUCACUUGGUAUUGAGACUCUUGGCGGUAUCUUCACCAGACUGAUUUCCAGGAACACUACCAUCCCCACAAAGAAAAGCCAGGUGUUCUCAACCGCUGCUGACAACCAGACGCAGGUGGGCAUCAAGGUGCUGCAAGGCGAGCGUGAGAUGGCAACAGACAACAAGCUGCUGGGCGAGUUUGACCUGGUCGGCAUUCCGCCGGCGCCAAGGGGCAUGCCUCAGGUCGAGGUGACGUUCGACAUUGACGCCAACGGCAUCGUGACGGUGUCGGCCAAGGACAAGGCGACGGGCAAGGAGCAGCAGAUCACCAUCCGGUCCUCUGGCGGCCUCUCGGAGGCUGAGAUCCAGAAGAUGGUGCAGGAGGCGGAGGUGCACUCACAGAAGGACCAGGAGCGCAAGGCCCUGAUCGACGUGCGGAACACCGCGGAUACCACCAUCUACAACGUGGAGAAGAGCCUGGGCGAGUACCAGGACAAGGUCCCAGCGGAGGUGGUCUCCGAGGUCGAGGCGGCUGUCGCUGAGCUCCGUGCUGAGAUGGCCUCGGACGACGUGGAGAGGAUCAAGGCCAAGAUCGACGCGGUCAACCGGGCCGUGUCGAAGAUCGGGCAGCACAUGUCUGGCGGCGGGGGUGGGGCUGCUGGCGGCUCGCAGGGUGGUGAUGAUGCCCCGCAGGAGGCGGAGUACGAGGAGGUGAAGAAGUGAGGUGUGUGACAGUCUUGUGAUCUUACUCCCUGUUACUCAUCUCAUGAGAGGUGAACAAGUUAGAGAGAGAGAGAGUGUCAGAUAGAUGAAUAGCUAGUUUUUGGGGUGCUCUGCUGAAGCAUGAAGGUGGUAGGACUAAUUACGUGCGUGCGCUGUAAUAUAACUUGUCUGUGUUUUGUCUCGGUGAGACAUGGCCACGAGAGAGAUGACUGGUACUCGUGGUGGAGGGUAAAAUCUUCAUCUUGUAGACCUGAGCUGGUUGUGGUUGGUCCAUAUGCUUGUUGAAUGUGAAGUUGCAGCUGCGUUGAUUGGUUGAGUUAAAA